UGAAUAAAGACGGUUUUACUUAUAAGCGUGUGGAUCAGGACUCUUACCAGAAUGAGGAAGGGGACAGUGUUUGCAGCAGCAGCACUGCUAGCAGUGUUCACAUUGAGGACAUGUCCCUGUGUCUUGCUGCCAUUCAGAAGUUGGUGGAGUACAUUAAGUUCAACUUCAUGGAGGGUGACACAGCUCCAUCAGACAGUCCGUCCUUCUGUAGAGAGGGAUUAGACGUUGAAGUUCAUGCUGUUUCCCUUAAUAAAGAUGAAGGAGAUACCACAGAGUUUGGCCUCAGCUUUGGGAACAUCCCUAUUUUUGGGGAUCCUGACAGAAGGAAAAAGGGAGGCCCAAGGAGGAGAAGGGACAUGGGCCCCAUCAUGGAUGUGGGCUGCAUCUGGGUGACAGAGGUGAGGAAGAGGAGCCCAGCAGCUCGCUGCGGGGGGAUCAAACUCAGAGAUGAACUGCUGUCACUGAACGGGCAGCUUAUGGUGGGAGUAGACGUUAGUGGAGCCAGUUACCUGGCUGACCAGUGCUGGAAUGGAGGCUGUAUUUACCUAAUCCUGCUGCGUCGAGUCAAACGAAAAGCUCCUCUCCCUCCCUGUGACAUCAGUGAAAGUGUCAGUACUGCUGUCAGCAGUGACAGUUGUGAAGACCAGCAACAGGGCACAGCAGCCUCUGAGUCCUCCAACAACUUGGCAAACUGUAAACGCACACGCAAGUUUGGUGUCAUAUCACGUUCAUCCUUUAACCGAGACAACAGGGACAGUACUGACUCAGAAGUUCGGAGCUCCUGCAAUGGCUACAGCUGCUCUCCUCCGACUGAUGCAGAAGUCAGCUCUCCGGGAGAUGACUCAGGUCGCAUCCUCUCCACACACACACCUGCAGAGGAAAGUCCAAACACCUUUCCUCAGGUGAGAACUGUUCCCCAGCGACUACACGGUCGAGGUGCUGCCACCCUGCCUUCAAGAUGUCACAGUCAGCUGUUAGAGAGCAAAAUGGAUUCUUUGGGGAUUGAAUCUUCUGGCCAGCCUAGAGAGGGCUGCCACAUCUGGAAGAUGCAUAUGGUGAAGGGUCAGGAGGGCCUCGGCAUCCAGAUAACAGGGGGACGUGGUUCCAAGCGCUCUCCUCAUGGCAUCAUUAUAGCUCAUGUAGAGGAGGGGGGUGCCAUUCACAGGGAUGGCCGACUUCAUGCUGGUGAUGAGUUGCUGAUGAUUAAUGGUCACUCUCUGGUGGGUCUCACUCAUCAGGAGGCUGUCACUGUCUUCCGCUCAACCACCGGUCUCGUCCAACUGGUGGUGGCCAGCAGGGAGGAGUCAGAUGUGGGUUUCGACCGCUUCCCAUCCACCAGUCUGCCAGACCUCGUCAGCACCUGCAGUUCCUCUUCUUCCCUGUCUCAAACAGCUACCCUGCACUCCCUCCAAACCUCCAACAGCAGCACGAGUCUACACAACACCUACCUGUUGACUAACCUGGAGAGACUAGAAGUGCAGAGUCAGGGAGAGGCACCCAGAGGAUCCUGCUGCAGCCCCACACCUACGAAGCUGUGCAGCCGAUCCCAAGGGGGGAGUAAUCGUCUGGAGUCAGUGGGUGAGGAUGACGAGCUGUUUGUGGAGAAUGGUGUGAGUGGCUGUGAUGUGUUGGAGAAGCCUCUACCUGGCCGUCGUAAACACUCCUUACCUCAACAGCUCGAUGCUGCUGGAAUGAGACAGGAAUAUCAGAUUAUUAAGAAAUCAGCACGCUCCCUGAGCACCAUUCAAGUGGAGUCUCCAUGGCGACUGGCGCAGCCAUCCAUUAUCUCCAGUAUAGUGCUGAUGAAAGGCCAGGGCAAGGGUUUGGGAUUCAGUAUCGUUGGUGGGCAAGACUCAGCACGUGGUCAAAUGGGGAUUUUUGUCAAAACGAUUUUCCCUCACGGAGCUGCAGCUGCUGAUGGACGACUGAAAGAAGGAGAUGAGAUUCUGGAGGUAAACGGAGAGUCUCUGCAAGGACUCACACACCAACAGGCUAUCCAGACCUUCAAGCAACUGAAAAAGGGUGUGGUGACCCUGACAAUUCGAACUCGUCUGCGCAGCCCCAGCUUGACACCAUGUCCCACCCCCACCCUCCUCAGCCGCUCCAGCUCGCCUAACUCCCACACCAGUGGGGGUACAUCUGCUCUAUCGGGGUUUGAAGAGGCUGAAGGCCGCAGGGGCCCUGGUCCAGGUCCAAAAGACUGCAUCAUCAUGGAGGUCACACUUAAUAAAGAGCCGGCUGUUGGUCUGGGAAUUGGAGUUUGCUGUCUGACACUGGAGAACUCUGCUCCUGGCAUCUACAUCCAUAGUUUGGCCUUGGGAUCUGUGGCCAAGAUGGAUGGAAGGCUCAGUCGAGGAGAUCAGAUAUUGGAAGUAGACUCAGUCAGUCUUCGUCAUGCUGCUCUCAGUGAGGCCUAUGCCAUCCUCAGUGAAUGUGGCCCAGGGCCAGUCAGUCUCAUCAUAAGCCGGCAUCCUAACCCUAAGGUAUCAGAACAGGAGAUGGAUCACAUUAUAACUCGAUCCACACACAGAGACAAAAUGUGCAGGAACAGACAUUCAUCUCUUUCCCAAGGUUUGUCUUGUAAGAGCUCCCACGCAACAGCGAGGGAAAGACAAGGAGACAGCUCCCAUGCUCUCAGCUGGACCAUGAAGAGGUUCCUUGAGCCUGCCAGUAGAGGCUCCCUGAGUUCAGAGACAGAGUUAUCACAGUACUUUUCCCAGGACUUUUCCAGCCACUCAUUCCUGUCUGAAUCCACUCUGAUGAACUCAAAUAGUGAAGAAGGGCUCCACCAGCAGAGCUACACUACAGUAAUGGAUGGGAUUUCAUCACAACCACAUGGCAACCCCUCUCUGACAGACCUGGAGAGCAGCCCUGUGUGCAACACAUCACAAGAAAAAGCCCCUGUCCCUCAGAAUAACCAUACUGAGGCAGUUUGCCAGCCAACUACCGUCUCUUGCCCUGGCUCAGUGCGGAGCCCACUUCUCCGUCAGCGGCGGAUGAUGUGCUUUGAGGAUGAACUUGGUGAUGAUGAAGACUCAGACAAUGCUGGAAACACAGGGAUUUUACACAGGCCAACAAAAUCCUUUGACUUCACUUUUGCAUCCAAAAUUUCCAAAAAUGAUUCAGCAGCCAUGAUUGCUACAUCAUCAUUAGAUGCAGACAGUGAGGAUGGUGGAGAUUUGCCAAGGUGUGGAAGUAAUGAUAUGACACCACUCCACAGUAGUUUCCCACAAAGUGAGGAAGGUAAUGACAAUAAAUUCGAGUCACCUGGUUCUGAGUCACCCUUCAGCCUCUUUGACAACAAGGCAGGGGUUGCAAGCACGAUGGACUGUGCACGUAAUCUGACUAUCCAUAGUGAGAACUAUCAAGAUGAUGGACAGUUGGAGUCAAAGCGCUCCCCCAAGCUUGAACAUAAAGCAGUGACACGGGUCAAAAGCAUGAUGAGCACUGAAGCAUUAAACAUGCCUCAGCAGCCAAAGUCCAAAGCUGAUGAACAUUCUCCAGGUUUGGCCCCACCCCAGCUACCAUCAUUUGCUACACCAUGUGGAAAAAACCCCAGGACUGCUGCAGGGUUAAUACCCAAUCAGCUCUGUAAGAAGGGAGAUGCCAGUGAGCUUGUGGGUAUUUGUACCAUUGACACAGUGACCCUGACAAGACAUGAAGACGAGUCAUUUGGGCUUGACCUGGAGAUAAUGUCAUCCCCUCUAAAAGUUGUCAUUGCUGGGUUAAAGCCUGGAGGUGCUGCAGAAAGGGAAAAGGGCAAAUUGUGUCCUGGAGAUGAUAUUGUCAAAAUUGGAGAAAAACUAGUAUGCUCCUCAAGCUACCAAGAAAUUUGUGAGCUCAUGCACAAUCUUCCAGUGACGUUGUCAUUGGAAGUAAAGAGACCAGUUUCAGCUGUAGAUCGACUGUCCAGUUUGAUAAUGUCAUCAGGGAGCAGUGACGAAGUCACCAGGCUGAACCCAGAAAAAUAUUUUCAGGGGACUUCUGAUGAAGGACAAGUAACAAGUGAAAAUUUGGAGAAUUCCAGCCACAGAACACAAACAGACUGCGACUUUCAGAUACCCAUCACCAAUAUAGAUGACAUUUUAUCAGAAGUGAGCCCCUGCUAUGACAUAAAUACAGACAUCAAAUCCCCGUUGAAAACACUACCUGAUGAACCAGUAUCCCACUGUUCAAGCCAAUAUACUGUUGUCCUUUCUGAGGAGGAUCAAGUGCAGUCCAGGGUCCUGGAUUGUGCUAUCGCAGAGGCAAGGAAGGAAAAGGGCAUCAUCAGCCCUAUGGAGAACGUUGUGGACCAACAAAAGGAAAAUAACUCUGAAUCUUGCCUGGAAAGGCCUGGUGCUGGUUUUAAACAUAUGUACCGUAUUGCAGAUGACAAUUCAAACAGUGACUCCACCACUGACAGCUGUCUAACUCUGCAUAAGAUGGGUGAUAGUAGUCUACAUGAACCCCUCUCUGAUGAGAAGGAAGUGGUGUUUUAUUCCUGUGAUGCCCAGCAACCUGGUGCCAGUCAACGCUCUAAUUUAAAUGAGUCACCACAUGGGUGUUUAUCUUUUCAGCAUGUCCACAAUCAAGAUAAAACACUGGACCAUACCUCAGAUGCGUUACAGGACUCCUCUGAUGUCUCACUGACAAAAAAAGGAAACGCUAUAACAACCCAUUGCUCACAGCUUUCCCAUUUAUCAGAGGUCUCCUCCGCACAACAGCCAUGCCAGUCCUCCAACAGUACAUUCCCUGUGCCAACUACAGGGUGUUCCAGUAAUAGUGCCACAUUCAUAGCAUGUCUGGCAUCCAGCCCUAGAAAUCUAAAUACUUACAGGAGCCACUCCCCACCAGAUACUUGUGAUGCUACUGCAGAUGUGCUUACAAAUGCCUUGCAGAGCUCAGAUUUAUUAAAGCAUUUUAAUACACAAACACUUUCAUUAGCAUCUGAGACAUCUGGUUCAGGUGGCAGAUCAGAUACAGGAGUGUCAGCAUCAAUGAAAACAAAACAAAAAGUCUUAGAGUGUACAACUAAUUCAAACCACAGUGCGAGUUCCUCACUAAAGAAGACCUCUGCCCAAAAAGUCCUUGAUAAUUCAGAUGGUCCUGUGUGGAGUAGUAACUUUCAACUAAUGGCUGAAAGUGGUCCACCCAAACUGAAGGGCUUACAUAUUAGGAGUAAGAACCAACAACAGGAGGAACUUUUUCAAAAACCUUGUGAAAGUCUAGUUUCUUCAAAUGUCACUUCUUCCCUGAAACAGUCAUCAACAUUACUACCAGUGGUAGCCAUGCCUAGCUUUUUGAAGACCACUGACCAGCCUGAUACGAACAUCUGUCUUUCUUUGUCCAGAGUAAAAGACAGAAGGCAAAUUACAUCUGAGUAUGGAAAUUCAGGGGGCAUACUACAAACUGUUCAACUGGCCAAUGAGAAGGACAUCCAUUUAGCUUCCAAAGUAGCAGCCAAAUCACUGGACCAAUCACACCCACCUGUUACUCAGAGAACAUUUAUAAAAGUUCAACUGUCUUCCAUAUCUGGAUCAUCAUUGCCAGCUAUGACACACAGUGAAACAGUGAUUUCAAAAGACACUAAAGAUCCUAAAAGCAAUUCAAAUGCAGGAUCAGCAUUUACACUUUCUCCUACCAUUUCAUCAGCAAAGAAAACAAAUGGCAUGGUCAGUAGCAUAGUGUUGAAUUCUCUGUGUUCGAGUAAAGCAGCUCCUUCAACGACAAGUAAUGGCUUAAAAACAAGUCCUAUCGCGGAGACAAAUGAGACCCUAAAGUCCAGCACAUCCAGAUUAUAUCUUAAGACAAUGAAAAGGCGAAGUCUCUCCACAGAUACUACCUUGUCUAUGGACUACAACCCCUUUUCUGUUCGGCAUAAAAUAAAAUCUUUUGAAAACUUGGCUAACUUUGACAAACCUGUGGCGAGGAACAAUGACAUUCAGUCUUAUGCCCUGGCAUAUAGAGCCUCGCUUAACCAAAGAAUUGCUGGUUAUAUGGGCUUGGUUAACUCUGUUGACUGCCAAGAACAACCAAGGAGUUUUAGCUCUUAUGUGGAGAACUUAAUUCCUGUCAGACCAUUCUCACCUCUUCUUGGUAAAUCUCCUGAGCCUGAUGUUCAAAGAGCUGUGGAUGGGAUUGCAACACAGACCCCUCCUGUGCUUCAGAGGAAAAACAGCAGACUUCCCCACUGCAGGUUACGGAAACUCAGGGCUCUCAGUAUGCCUGAAUUGGAAAAACUAUGCACAAAGGACUUCAACAGAGGACGUGGUACAGCUGUAGAUAAAACAGAACCUGACAUCCACUCCACAACACUUACGAAAGCUGCAGUGACUGAAAGUUUUCCAUGCUCUGCAGCCCCAACGAAUGUGCAUAUGAACAGGGUCAGAAGAGGUGAUAUUGGACCCACUGGAGAGACUCCUCAGGGAACCCCAGAGACCUAUCGACAGUCUAGUUGGUCCAUCAGUUUGACGGACCUGGCUACUUUUUCAGUGAGUCAGAGUAAGCUGCAAACACUGUUGUCUUCCCUGACAGCUAAAUCGUGUGUGUCUGCCCUGCUUCAGGACACUAAAGCAAUCUCAGAGGUCAACAAUAAUACUCAUCUUGUUGUCCUGAGUAAAGACGAAGGCUCAGGCCUUGGUUUCAGUAUUGCUGGUGGAGUCGACCUUGAGCAGAAGGAAAUAACUGUUCAUCGGGUCUUCACCAAAGGUGCAGCUACUCUUGAAGGCACAAUUCAGCGAGGUGACAGAAUUUUAUCUAUAAAUGGCACAGGUCUGCAGGGUAAAACCCAUGGAGAGGCUGUCUCUUGCCUACAUCAAGCCAGACUGUCUAAUGAAGCCGUAGUAAUCAUUUUGAGAAACAAGGACAGUGAACAAAGUAUCUCUGACAGACAAGACUCUGCUGUCCAGCCAAAGAGUAUGUGUUCUGCCACCAAGAAGAUUUUGGAAGCUGGAGCAGUGGUGGAUGUAGGUCCGGAUGGUGUUUUAACAGUGGAGCUUCAGAAGACAUCUGCUGGCCUGGGCUUCAGUCUGGAGGGGGGGAAGUACUCACGCCACGGAGACGGGCCUUUCAUCGUCAAACGUAUCUUUAAAGGAGGUGCUGCAGAGCUGUCUGGGCUUAUUGAAGUUGGUGAUGAGGUUCUAUCAAUCAACGGCUGUUCUCUGGAGGGCCUGAUGCACCAUGAUGCCUGGAAAAUGAUCAAAACCACAAAUGAAGGGCCCAACCAACUCCUCAUACGGAAGGCGAGUAACCUGACCGUGAACAAAGAAAUACAAACCUCCUGUAAAGGUGCACUGUGACAACACCCUUGAAAUCAGGGCAUGGAUGAGCAAUACAAUUAAGGACAAGCAUUUACAAAUUUUGAUUGAUGGACUUUGUUUGAGAUUUUGUGCUUUGUCUUGUUACGUAUGUUUGUACUAAAUAGGUCAAGUGGGAUUGACAACUAACUAUUGUGGUAUACAACGCUGAAUUCUGAUUAAUUUCAGAUGGGAAGUGCAGUUUGUUUACAAUAAAUUAACUUUGAAAGAGUGAAAAAAA